GCAAAAGAUUUCACAAACGUUAGAAUGGCUAAAUAUCUUUUGAAUAUUAGGCAGAGUGGAAAAAGCGAUGACAUGGAGGGAAAUAUAGUUUAUAAGUUUGAUUUAGAAACUCCGCUUCGUUUUCCUUUCUCAAUUGACGGUGAAAAUUACGUAUGUUCCGAAUAUAAGCGUUUAGAAAUUAAAACUAGCCAAAAUGAGAGUGAAUUUUUUCGUGAUGGUGAAACAGACCGAUGA